AUGUCUGGCCAUAAGGUGGGGAAGGACUCCGGAAAGGCCAAGACAAAGGUGGUUUCCUGCUCUCAGAAAGCCAGCUUGCAGUUCCCAGUGGGCCGUAUUCAUCGACACCUGAAAUCUAGGAUGACCAGCCACGGGCGUGUGGGCGCGACUGCGGCUUUGUACAUCGCAGCCAUUCUGGAGUACCUAACCACAGAGGUUCUUGAACCAGCAGGAAAUGCAUCAAAAGACUUAAAGGUAAAGCGCAUUACCCCUCGUCACUUGCAACUUGCCAUUCAAGGAGAUGAAGAGUUGGACUCCCUUAUCAAGGCUACAAUUGCUUGUGGUGGUGUCAUCCCACACAUCCACAAAUCUCUGAUCAGGAAGAAAGGACAACAGAAGACUGUCUAA